CUCGACAACGACUGUCGGCGCCAGAAUAUGCGCGGACUGUAACCUUCGGACUAAGCAAUUGAGAUCCUGUUGGCGUAACCCAACACAGCUGCCGCCAUCAUGGCUAGUGUCCAGGUGCCGCCUGCGGUGCAGCACCCAGGCUCCGCCCUCCCGGCGAGCAUGACCCAGCAACAGGCUCAGGAAAUAUUUAUGAAAUUUCAGCAGAUGAAGAAACAGGGCGUCCCCAACACCGAUCCCGAAUUCAUCAAGCUCCAGUCGAUCCUUGCCGCUCUCCAGCGCCAGAAUGAGUUGAGGAAGCAGCAAUUGCAGAUGCAGCAGCAGCAACAGCAACAACAAUUGCAACUGCAACUGCAGCAACAACAGCAGCAACAGGCCGCACAGAAUGCCGCGAAUGGUGCUAUUAACGGGACUCAACCCCUCAGUCUGCCAGCUCAGACGGCUACAGCGCAGACAACAUUGCCUCCUUCGACAACGUCGCUCGCUGCUUCCGCCCUACCCGCGACCACAACUGCAUCCGCGGCCAGCACAACCGCUGCUGCGCCAGGGCAGAACCAACCUAGCCAGUUCACGCCCGCGCAGGUCCAACUCCUUCAUGCACAAAUCAGGGCUUUUAGGCUGCUGGGGAAGAAUGCCGGUGUCCCUUUUCAGAUGCAGAAGGCCAUCUUCGAGCACCGUGCGCGUCGUCGUGCAUCGAUGGUGAAGCAAGAUUCCCAAUCCGUAUCCGUCAGCGCCGGUUCGGACACGCCUGCGCAAGAGGGUACAAAGUCAAGUCCCAGUGGUGCUGAGACCCGAGGCGAAGCUUCAUCUGUACCUCAACCCAAGUCGUUCAAGUCGGUGAAAUCUCCGUAUGAUGGUGGGCUCGUUCGCAAGACCAUCUCUUAUAUGGACCAUGGGCGCCGUAAGAAUCGUUUGAUCAUCCCGGGCAUCUUCCCCACAGGCAUCGAUUUCGAACAAUUGAGGGCAGACCGUGAGAAGAUUGUGUUCAACCGCAUGAGUGCGAGAUAUACCGAGUUGAAGUCUCUCCCCGGCAACCUGGCGCACAUCGAUGCAUCCCAGGACGUUUUGGUGACUGACGACACAGCGAAGAGGAAAGCUGUCAUCGAGAUGAAGAAGCUCGCGCUAUACUCCAAGCAGCGCGCUCUGAGGGACAAGAUCGGAAAGCAGAUGAUGCACUAUGACAACCUCGCCAUGACCACAAACCGAGCACAGUACCGCCGCAUGAAGAAGCAGAACGUACGGGAAGCGCGUAUCACCGAGAAGCUGGAGAAGCAGCAGCGCGAUGCGCGGGCGAACAAGCAGAGGAAGAAGCUGGAAGAUCAGAUGAUUGCCCUCUGCAACCACAGGAGCGCGGUCCUAAACGCUGGUCAGGCCGAACGGGGCAAGCUGCAGAAGCUUAGUCGCGUCAUGUAUAGCCACCAUUUCAACAUCGAAAAGGAGGAGCAGAAGAGAAUCGAGAGGACCGCCAAGCAGCGUCUUCAGGCUCUCAAGGCCAACGACGAAGAGGCCUACCUCAAACUCCUCGACCAAGCCAAGGAUACCCGUAUCACUCACCUGCUACGCCAGACCGAUGGCUUCCUGCAUCAGCUUGCCUCGUCUGUCCGUGCUCAGCAGCGGCAGGCGGCAGAACGCUAUGGCCACGAAGCUGGCCUGCCAGAGGAGAGCGACGCGGAUGAGGAUGAAGACGGAGACAGCAGUCGCAAGAUCGAUUACUACGCCGUUGCCCACCGCAUCAAGGAAGAAGUCACCGAGCAGGCCAACAUCCUGGUUGGCGGUACCCUGAAAGAGUACCAGCUCAAAGGCUUGCAAUGGAUGCUGUCACUCUACAAUAACAACCUCAACGGUAUCCUGGCUGAUGAAAUGGGCCUCGGCAAGACAAUCCAGACCAUCAGUCUGAUCACGUACCUGAUCGAGAGGAAGCAGCAGCACGGUCCUUACCUGGUAAUCGUUCCUCUCAGCACCCUGACCAAUUGGAAUCUCGAAUUCGACAAGUGGGCGCCCUCGGUUGCCAAGGUGGUCUACAAGGGGCCCCCGAAUGCGAGGAAGAUGCAGCAGGAGAAGAUCCGCCAGGGCAAGUUCCAGGUCUUGCUCACGACCUACGAGUACAUAAUCAAGGAUCGGCCACUGCUGAGCAAGAUCAAGUGGUUCCACAUGAUCAUCGAUGAAGGUCACCGCAUGAAGAACACGAACUCCAAGCUGAGCGCCACGAUCCAGCAGUACUACAGCACCCGCUUCCGUCUGAUUCUCACGGGUACCCCACUCCAGAACAAUCUGGCCGAGUUGUGGGCCAUGCUCAACUUUGUGCUGCCCAACAUCUUCAAGUCCGCCAAGACAUUCGACGAGUGGUUCAACACUCCCUUCGCAAACACGGGCGGCCAGGACAAGAUGGAGCUCACAGAAGAAGAACAAAUUCUGGUCAUCCGCCGUUUGCAUAAGGUGCUGCGGCCGUUCUUGCUGCGCCGUCUCAAGAAGGAUGUCGAGAAGGAUCUUCCGGACAAGACCGAGAAGGUCAUCAAGUGCAAGUUCUCGGCCCUACAAGCCCGGCUAUACAAGCAGAUGGUCACGCAUCAGAAGAUCAUCGUCAGCGACGGCAAGGGCGGCAAGACCGGCGCUCGCGGUUUGAGCAAUAUGAUCAUGCAGCUCCGGAAACUGUGCAACCACCCGUUCGUCUUUGACGAGGUCGAGAACCAGAUGAAUCCGGCCAACGUCAGCAACGAUCUCCUCUGGAGAACGGCUGGCAAGUUUGAGCUCUUGGAUAGGAUCCUGCCCAAGUACAAAGCAACGGGCCAUCGCGUGUUGAUGUUCUUCCAGAUGACCGCUAUCAUGGACAUCAUGGAGGACUUCCUCCGAUUCCGCGGUAUCCAGUACCUCCGGUUGGACGGUACAACAAAGUCGGAAGACCGGUCCGAACUUCUGAGGGAGUUCAACCGGCCAGAUUCGCCAUACUUUAUGUUCCUGCUUUCCACCCGUGCUGGUGGUCUCGGUCUCAAUCUUCAAACGGCAGACACGGUCAUCAUCUACGAUUCAGACUGGAAUCCUCACCAGGACUUGCAGGCCCAGGAUCGUGCUCAUCGUAUUGGGCAGAAGAAUGAGGUGCGGAUUCUCCGGUUGAUCAGCUCUGCGUCUGUGGAAGAGAAGAUUCUGGAGCGUGCUAGAUUCAAGCUCGACAUGGACGGCAAGGUCAUUCAAGCCGGUCGUUUCGACAACAAGUCGUCGGAGACGGAUCGUGAUGCCAUGCUGAGGACUCUGCUAGAGACGGCGGACAUGGCGGAGUCCGGCGAGCAGGAAGAGAUGGAUGAUGAGGAGCUCAACAUGAUCCUCGCCCGGAAUGAGGACGAGCUCGUCGUCUUCCAGCAGCUGGAUGAGGAGAGGGCGCGCGACCCGGUCUACGGCACGGCACCUGGCUGCAAAGGUGUGCCGCGUCUUAUGGCCGAGGACGAGCUUCCGGAUAUCUAUCUCCAGGACGGCAACCCCGUCGAAGAGGAGUCGGAAGUGAUCCUUGGCAGAGGUGCGCGUGAGCGCAACAAGGUUAAGUACGAUGAUGGGCUCACAGAAGAGCAAUGGCUCAUGGCUGUGGACGACGACGAUGACUCGCCCGAGGCGGCCGCAGCGCGGAAGGCUGCCCGCAAGGAGAGGCGAGAGCAAAACAAGCUGAAACGGAUGGCGCUGAUGAACGCGUCCCUGGAGAACUCGCCGUCUGCCAGCCGCGCUAGCACCGAGGAUGUGGAGACGCCGGUUAAGAAGCGGGGGCGCAAGCCGGGUAGCAAGAACCAAGAGAAGCGCAAGGCAGAAGAGGGCGACGACGAGCCGCCUGCUAAGAAACGCCGUGGCCCGCAAGGACGGCCAAAGGCGGUUAGCAUAAACGGCUCCGAGAACCGCGUAGCGCCGGAGCUCCGUGAGAAGCUGCAGAAGAGCAUGAGGCGCAUCUAUGACGGGCUUAUGAACCUCGAGGUUGAUGACGAAGAGCCGCAGAAGCCUGACGGCGAGCAAGACGACGACGACGAGCCGCCGAAGCGUCUCAUCAUCGGGCCGUUCGUCAAGCUGCCGCCGAAACGCGAAUGGGCAGACUACUACGUCAUCAUCACGAAUCCAAUCUGCAUGAAUGACAUCCAGAAGAGGAUCAAGAAGGAGGAGUACAACAGCCUGUCGGACAUGCGCAAAGAUCUGGACCUCAUGGUCAGCAACUGCAGGACCUUUAACGAGGAGAGCAGUGGCAUCUGCCAGGACGUCAACUUGAUCGAGGCAUUCUUCAAAGCCCAAUUCGAGAAAGAGCUCGCCGAGAACCCUGAACUUCGCACGCUGGAAGAUCCCUCGUCGGGUAAAGAUGGCUCAGUCGCGCCGUCAUCGACAGCAGCUACCGAUGGUACCCCGCAGCCUCUAGCGGGUGGCGCGCCCACGAGGAUCAAGCUGAUCUCUAGUGCUACGAAUGCCAAUACAAAUCAAGCGAAUGGCGGUGGCGUGGGAAGCCAGCUCAAUGGCGGAAGCAGUGGCGCGCAGAGCGACGAGGAUUAGCUGUUCCGAAUCGCUGACGAACCCGCGGUCCGCGAACGAGCCCGGACCCGGUCCCAGGUGCGUUCUUUCUUCAAGGCGGUUGAUCGUGCAUGAUGGGAGGGGAUAGUGGCGGAUGCCCCACGACGGGACCUCGGAAUGGUUUAUUCUUCUCGGUUUUGUGUUAUAGGCUUUCGUGGAUGGGUCGGUGUACCGUUAUCGGAAGAAAGGACAUGGCGUUUCUGUU